GCGGCUGGUCAUUUACUUCCUCAGUCCCCUUCAGCUGCCUUCAGCUCAUUGGUCGCCCCGUAGGAGGCGGGAGGGCCAGUAAGCCAAUCGGAGCCCUGAGCUCCUCCCUCGUUGCGUCACCAGAGCGCGCGGAUGCGCGCGAGCAGUUGGCCCCUGAUUGGGACGCAGAGGGGCGGGGACACGGCGCUGACAGUUGUCAGAGGAGGGCGGGAGGGCGAGCGGGCGAGGGGCGGGAGUGUAAAUAGAGCGGGGAGGCGCCGCGUCUCCUCGCCACCUGCGGGUGUCCGUCGAGGAGCUCCGGGGGACCAUGGAGGAAGACGAGCAGGAGCGGCGGCGCAGGAAGGUCGAGGCCGGAAGAGCGAAGCUUGCUCACUUCCGGCGGAGGAAAACAAAAGGUGACGGUGCGGAUUCGAAGAAAAAGACGGCGGAGAGGAAGGGCUCGGCUUUCGUUGCGCCUAUCCAGGAGGAGAGUCCGCUAGCCUCCCCGGAUGGUGGGCUUCUGGGAGCUGGGGUUGUUUGCCAGAGUGCGGCACACAGCGACACCCCAGAUGGGGCCAGAGGGUCAUUUUCAGCUCAGGAGCAAGAACAAGAUCAUGAACUGGUGAGAGGACCUAAGGAUGGGGCUGGCCAGCAGCAGCAGCAGCAGCAGUCACUUCAGACAGUGCCUACCCUUGAGUUGGAAGCACUGCGCUUGAGCCUGAACAACAUGCACACAGCACAGCUGGAGCUGACACAGGCCAACUUGCAGAAGGAGAAGGAGACAGCUUUGUCAGAACUGCGGGAGAUGCUCAACGGCCGGCGGGCACAGGAGCUGGCACUGCUGCAGAACCGGCAGCAGUGUGAACUGGAGCUGGUGAGGGAGCAGCAUGCGCGGGAGAAGGAGGCAGUGCUUCUCCGCUGUGGGCAGGAGACAGCUGAGCUGAAGGAGAAGUUACAGUCAGAAAUGGAGAAAAAUGUCCAGAUGAUGGAGAGCCUGAAGCAAGACUGGGAAUCUGAAAGACAGUUAUGCUUAGAAAAUCUACGCAAAGAGUUAUCAGCAAAGCACCGGUCAGAAAUGGAGGAUUUGCAAAAUCAAUUUCAGAAAGAAUUGGCGGAACAGAGAGCUGAGAUGGAAAAGAUUUUUCAAGCCAAAAAUCAAGCUGAAGUUUCUCUGAAGAACCUAGAGGCUCAGCAUCAAGCAGCCAUCAAGAAGUUACAGGAAACCUUGCAGCUGGAACACUGCCAGUAUUUGCAAGACUUGGAGGUGAAAUUCAGAGAAAAGGAAAAAGAAAAACAGUUGGAGUUAGAGAAUCUUCAGGCAUCCUACGAAAACCUGAAGGCCCAAUCACAAGAAGAAAUUAGGCAUCUGUGGUCCCAGCUCGAGUCUGUGAGAAUCAACAGAGAGGAACUGAAUGGUGAGGAAUAUUGUGUAAAACAUACUCUAGUUGAACACCACAAAGAAGAUUUAAAUAAAGCAGAAGAGAAGAUUCAACUAAUGAAACAAGAAUUAAAAAGGAAAGAAAUGGAGUGGGAACUUUUACAGCAGGACCUGAAGAAGGAAGCUGAAGAGAGGUUAGCCUUGAUGCUUCUUGAGCUGAGAGAAAAGGCUGAGUCUGAGAAACAGUCCGUCAUAAAAAGAUUUGAGCUUCGAGAAAAGGGUAUGAAGCACCUUCAGGAUCAACAGACAGCCCAGAUCCUGGGCCUAGAGAAGUCUCUGAGGGACCAGCAGGGCCGCCUGCGGCAGUUAGAACAAGAACUUGCUGGGGAUGAGGCCUUGUGCAGCCAGUGUGGCCAGCAGUCAUCCAUGGCUGAGGAAGGAGAGUGCACCCUGCUUCCCCAUGACGAGGAGGAUUGUGCCCUCCAGCUUAUGCUGGCUCGGAACAGGUUUUUGGAAGAGCGUAAAGAAAUUAUGGAGAAAUUUGCUGCGGAACAAGAUGCCUUCCUGCAGGACAUCCAGGGGAAGCAUGCUCAUGAGCUCCAGCUCCUGCAGCAGGAACACCAGCAGCAGCUUCUCUCAUUAAGGACAGAACUGGAGAAGAAGCAACAGGCUGAGCUUGCUGAGCAGAGAACUUCGCUUGAGAGUGAGCAGCGGGUGCUCUUUGAGAAUCAUAUGGCUGAAUUGCAUGUGAAACAUGCUGCGGAAAUUAGUGCUUUGGAGACGAGACAUUUGUCCAACCUGGAUGCUCUGGAAUCCUGUUACCUGGCUGACAUUCAGAGUGUUCAGGAUGAGCACAGGAAAGCUCUGGAGCUUUUGCGAGUAGAACUUGUGGAACAGCUGCAGAAAAAGGACUCCUGUCACCAAGCAAUUUUGACCCAAGAGUUGGAGAAGCUUAAGCUGAAACAUGAUGGGGAGCUUCAGUCUCUAAAGGACAAUCUGAGAAUUGCAAUGAGUGCUAAACAUCCAGAGCCACUGACAGCCCAGACCAUCGAGGUGCAAGGUGUACCCCAGGAGUCACUAGCUUCUGCCCUGCAUCAUCAGAGGUGCCUGCUAGAAGAGGAUAAGGUUGCAUCCCUGGACAGGGUGGACACUGAAGUCCUGCUCCUAGAGGGCCAAGCCACUCCACAGCAGCUGGGAGAUAUACAUGCAGUUGAGACACAGAAGUCACAAAUAGAGCUGGCCAAGCCCCCAGAGGUACAGGGACAGGCUGCUCAGCUGAAAGACCAAGUCUUGUCCCUGCAUCAGGAGGUAGAACAGUGCCACGCUGAGCUCGAGAGGCUGCGGCAGAGGCGUGAGAGGGAGAACCAGGAGGGUGCUGCCCUCAUCUGCAUGCUCCGGGCAGAUGUGGACCAGUCUGAGAGUGAGGGGAAAGUACUCCGUGAUGCCCUGAGGAGACUGCUGGGUUUGUUUGGAGAAACACUGAAGGCAGCUGUUGCCCUGAAGAGCCGGAUUAGUGAGCGUGUGGGUCUCUUUCUGGACCACAUGGGUGCCACAGAAGCAGGCCAAGCCCCAGAAGCAGCUCCAGCACUUGAUGAAAUAUGGUCUGAUACUAUCCUGCUGGGAUUGGACAGAACUUUGCCUGAAGGAGCAGAGAUGUCUUCAGUGGCUGAAAUUAGCAGUCAUGUCUGUGAAAGCUUUUUACUGAAUCCGGAAAGUACUCUGGAAUGUGAGCAGCCCAUUAGAAAAUUCUACCAGAGCCUUGGCAUGGCUGUUGAUGGGCUCCUAGAGAUGGCCUUAGAUUCCUCCAGACAGUUAGAAGAAGCACGUCAGAUACAUUCUCAUUUUGAAAAAGAAUUUCUCCACAAGACCGAGGAGACUGCACAGCUUGUGCAGAAGCAGCAGGAGAUGCUGGAACGCUUGCAAGAGGAGAGCGCCGCCAAGGCUGAGCUGGUGCUGGAGCUGCACACAGCUCAAAGCCUCCUUGAAGGGUUCAAGGUGGAGAAAGCUGAUCUUCAGGAGGCACUUGGCCAAAAGGAGGAGCUGGAGCAGCAGCUAGUCCUGGAGCUUGAAAGCCUACGACAGCAGCUGCAGCAGGCAGCCCAGGAUCUGGCUGCUAUCAGACAGGAGAAUGCCACCCUGUGGAGCCAGAAGGAAGCCUUGGCUGCUGAGGCAGAGGCAAGGGAGGCUGCACUACAGAAGGAAAUGGAAUCUCUAACCAGGGAGCAGUCAGAGGCCAGGAAGCAGUCGGAGAAGGACCAGGCAUCUCUGCUGUCUCAGAUGAAGAUCUUGGAGUCAGAGUUGGAGGACCAGCUCUCACAGCACCAGGGCUGUGCCCAGCAGGCUGAGGAGGUGGCCACUCUAAAGCAGCAGUUACUUGCCCUGGAUAAGCAUUUGCGUAGCCAGCGGCAGUUCAUGGACGAGCAGGCUGUUGAGCGUGAACAUGAGCGUGAAGAGUUCCAGCAGGAAAUCCAGAGGCUGGAGGAGCAGCUCCGCCAGUCAGCCCGGCCACGGCUGCCAGAUAACCUUGAUAGUCAGAUUGAAUUGUUACAAGAAAAACUGCGAGAAAAAUCAGAUGGAUUUAAUGAAUUGGUCAUAAAAAAAGAGUUGGCAGAUCGACAACUUCUGACCCAGGAAGAAGAAAUUAAAUACCUUGAGGCGACACAUGCCAACACCCAAAGACAAAUGGCCCAGCUCCAGGAAGAACUAGAAAAGCAGAAAAAAACCGUGAAAGAACUGCAAGAUAAAGAGGCACUAAAGAGACAGCAGGUGAGUGAUUCUCUGCUAAUGUCUAUGUCACAGUCUACACUCAGUGAAGGCAAUGGUCCCUUGCCACCUUUGGAACACUCUCCUGAGGAUUUAGAAGUCCAGCUAGAAACAACACAGAGAAAGCUCCUACAGCAUGAGACUGAGGUUUUGGACUUAAAGAAACAGCUAGAAAAUAUUAAGGCUGAUUUAGUACGUAAAAAUGAAGAAAUACUACAUCUGAACUUAAAACUGGAGGAACAGAAUAAUCCUGCUGUGGUCAGCAUCCAAGAACUUCAAGAGGAAAAUGCCAGUUUAAAGAUUGGGUACAGCAGAAGCUCUGAGGUUGAAGAAUUAAAAGCCAUUAUUGAAAAUUUACAAGAGAACCAAGAGCGAUUACAGAAGGACAAAACAGAAGAAAUCGAACAGCUCCACGAAGUCAUUGAGAAGCUGCAGCAUGAGUUGACCCUCAUGGGGCCUGUGGUACAUGAACUCAGUGACUGUCCAGCUGACAGCCUUCACAGUGAGCUGCUUAGCCUCCAGUCUAAGGGGCCAGGUGGGCAGGCGCUGCAGGCUGAGCUUGAAGCCACAUGCUCAGCCAAGGAAGUCUUGAGCCAGGUGCUGGCUGAGCAGGUACAGGGGCACAAUCAAGCCCUGGAGGCUUUGCAGCAGCGCCUGCAAGCUGCAGAGGAAGCUGCCACACAGCAGCUGGCUGAACUGGGACGCAUUGUGACCCUCCGGGAGGCUGAGGUUGAGGUGAUGGCCUCCCGAAUUCAGGAAUUUGAAGCUGUCCUGAGGGCAAAGGAAGCAAUCAUUGUGCAGAGAGAUUUGGAAAUUGACGCUAUGAACAAGCAGGGAGUGGCUCACUCGGUGGAGCUGCGUUCUGUCCUGCUGGCCUUGACACGCUUCAGUAGUGUCCUGGAACGGCAGCCUCUGGCUGCUCCAGGUGAGCCUCCUGAGCUACAGCAGCUGCAAGUACAGUGUGCCCGUCUCAGCCGCCAGCUGCAGCUGCUGUACCAGCGGCUCCUGGGCUGCCAGGGGGAACCGGAUCAGCAUCAGGCCCAUGGAGGAGUGUCUGGCGGCUCCCCACAUGCUCACAUGGACACACAGGCUGAGCAGCAUGACCUGUUGGAACAGGACAAUGUGCAGCCUGCCAAAGUACUGGUGUCACCAAAGGACUCCGGUCUCCACAAAGCAGAAAAUAUGAUCUCGGUGCUCACAGUGUGCCAGAGGCAGCUGGAAGCAGAGCUGCUCUUGGUGAAAAGUGAGAUGUGCUUGAACAUGGAUGACAGCAGCUGGAUGCCAGAAGGGUUGCAGGGUAAGGAAAAGCAAGUAGAAGAUUGUCAGCUGCAUAAAGUCAGCCUCAUUGCUCAAGUGAAACAACUUCAGGAAAAACUGAACCAACUGGUAUGUUCUAUGGCCUUCCGGAACAUCGACACUGAGCCUCCUAAAUUCCAGCAGUGCUCAACAUUGCCAUACCUGUUAGAAAAUGGUUCAGAUGAUGGCUUCCAUAAUGGCGAAGAAACAGAUGGGUUGCUUCCCGUUGACAUGUUUGAUUUUGAUAAAUCCACACAGGAUCUCCUUGGUGGAAAUAAAAAUAGAGAUUUUUUGGUAGACAGUAAAAUCCCAGCUUUUCCCACUCAAGAAAAUCUAGCAUUACAAGAUGGGCCUGUUUCCUCACAAACCAGCAUACACAGAAGCUCCCUCCUCCACACUGAGGAGGCUGAGCCCCAGAAGCACCCAGUGAGGCCCGUGGACCUGUCUUCUUGGAGCUCUCCUGAAGUCCUCCGGAAGGACUCUACCCUAGAGCCUCAGCUCAGCCUACCCCUGACGCCCUGCUCAGGGGCCAUGAGCCUGCGCAGCGCUGACACCACCCCAAAAGACUGGAUGGACUCACCAAUGGGGGCCCAUGCUUCAGAGCUGCUUUGUUACCCAGGAGUGAGCCCACAGAGGACAGCAGCUGUGUCGGCUGAGCAUCACCAUGGAGAGACAGCCCCGGAAAAGGACAUUGAAGACUUUGUCAUAACAUCGUUUGAUUCUCAAGAACCAUUAAGAUCCCCUCCUCUCGGAUUAGAAAAAAGAAGCAAUGGGAGUGGAAACGGUGAUGGCCCAGGUACUGAUGUGAUACUGACACCAGGCUCAGUAGGACCUGAGGAUCUCACUGCUGGCUCUGCUGCUGCUGCUCUCAACUUUGAAGGGUCCCCACAGGCACUAGGAACAAUGAAGGAGAAGGAGGUCCACGGAAAGCAUGUGAAGGCUUUGCUGCAGAUGGUGUUUGACGAGAGCCAUCAGAUACUGGCCUUGUCAGAGAACCAAGAGCUCCCCAGAGCUCUGAGCCGGGGCGAACCACGUGCCCUUCUGGAUGACUGCUUGAGGGAGAGGCAGGGGCUGCUGGAGUUAGCACCUGAGAAAGAAGAAAAGGAACCUUCUGACACCUGCCUUGCCUGGAGUGGGGGGCUUUUGCAGGCUGUGCAAGAGGCGUUUGAGAAAGAGCUGAAGCCCAGAUCUUGCAGCUCAGAUCUGCAAGAUUACAGUUCCCUUUUCAAGAGGCUGGAGAAGAUUAUCCAAGAACAAGGGGACCUGAAGGAGAAGCCCCAGGAACACCUUUUCCCACCAGAUAGGAGCAGCCUGUUGUCCGAGAUCCAGGCCCUUCGGGCUCAGCUGCGCAUGACACACCUGCAGAACCAGGAGAAGCUGCAGCAGUUAUGCACAGCACUGACGAGUUCAGAGGCCCGCGGGAGUCAGCGGGAACACCAGCUUCGUAGGCAAGUUGAACUAUUGGCGUAUAAAGUUGAGCAGGAAAAGUGUAUAGUAAGUGACUUACAGAAAACCCUGGGCAAAGAACAAGAGAAAGUAAGUGAUGUCCGGAAGCGCCUGGUUGCAGAGCAGAGCACGGUGCAGGAGCUGAAGUUGGAGCUGCUUGAGUAUAAACAGGAGAACGCAAGGCUGUUGGAAUCCCUUGGUGAGAUGCAGCAGGAAAUCCUCCAGCUGAGGUCCAUGCUGGAUGGGAAGGAGAAUGACCUGAAGGCUGCUCUGGAGGAGCUGGAGUGUGAGCACAGGAAGGAGCAAGCCCUCCAGGCCCAGCGGGAGGAAGAGCGGCAGCGGCACCUUCAGUGGGAGGGCCAGAGCUCCAAGGCCUUGGAGGAGUUAAAAAUAACUUUAGAGAAGCAACGUUCUCAAAAUAGUCAACUGAGUGUUGCAUUAAAACACGAACGCACAGCCAAGGACAACUUGCAGAAAGAGUUGCAAAUUGAGUGUUCACGCUGUGAGGCCUUGCUGGCACAGGAACAGAGCCAGCUCUGCGAGCUUCAGAAGAGCCUGGAAGCUGAGAAGAGUCACUCAUCGGAGCUGCUGGAGGCCUUGCAGCAUGAGCGGCUCUUGACUGAACAGCUGAGCCGCAGUGUGCAGGAGGCCUGUGCCCGCCAGGAGACACAAGGACACCAUAACUUACUGCGAAAGCUGAAGUCAGAGAAGGCUCGUACACUGGAGCUGCAGGUCAUGCUUGAGAAAGUGCAGCAGCAGGCCACACAGGCACAGCAGCAGCUGGAGGCCCAGGCUCAGGAGCGCUGUGCUGAACUCAGGAGAGAGAAGGAGCGAGAAUUAGAGUUACAGCACCAACGCGAUGAGCAUAAGAUCAAGCAGCUUCAGCAGAAGGUGAAAGAGCUGCGGUGGAAAGAAGAGGUCCCUUGGGGUGAUGACUCCCGUCUGGGUGCCCUGGACUUGGGCCGUCUCCAGGAACAGCAGCAGGAGCUGGAGAAGAUAAGGCAGCAGCUGCUCUGUGUGGCCGGGCUUCUGACUAGCUUUGUCAACCACACCGUGGACAGGACAAUGAAUGACUGGACAUCAUCCAAUGAGAAGGCGGUAUCAUCCUUAGUCCACACGCUGGAGGAACUGAAGUCUGAGCUGAGCAUACCUGCCUCCUCCCAGAAAAAAGUGACAGCAGAGCUACAAGUCCAGCUCAUGGAUGUGCUACUGAAAGACAACAACUCUCUUACACAAGCUGUCAGCACAGCUACUCGGGAGAAAGCGGAGCUGUGCAGGGCAGUGUCCAGGCUGGAGAGGACUCUGAAGCACCAUGUGCAGAGAGGCUGUUCUCUGAGUAGGCCGGGCAGAUGUGCGUGGAAGCAAGAUGGGGCUGCUUUGCCGAUUUCACCAGGACACUCAAACCUUGGACAGCCCACGCUGCCUGUGAGUGAGGACACAGACACCUGCCACGUCAGGAUGGAAAAAUUGUACUUGCAUUAUCUGAGAGCAGAGAGCUUUAGGAAAGCUCUGAUUUAUCAAAAGAAGUAUCUUUUACUGCUGAUUGGCGGAUUCCAAGAUUCUGAACAAGAAACCCUCUCCAUGAUUGCUCAUUUGGGGGUUUUUCCUUCCAAAGCAGAUAAGAAAGUCACUGCAUCUCGUCCUUUUACGAAGUUCCGCACUGCCGUCAGGGUGGUCAUUGCGGUGCUUAGAUUACGUUUUUUGGUUAGGAAAUGGCAAGAAGUUGAUCGGAAAGGAGCUCUAGCACAAGGCAAAGCGAUGCGUCCAGGAUUCCGAGCAUCACGGCGGCAGCAGUCUUCAUCUGAAGCCAGAGAGUCCUUGCCCACUCGGGAUGUGUCUUCAGGCCCUGCCAAGGACUCUGCGCAUGGUGCUGGGCUGGCAGCCACCCCCUCCCUGAAAAGAUCUACUUCAUCCCCAAAUUCAAGGUUAGGAAGAUCCUUGACUGCUUCUCAAGAUCCAGAACAUUCCUUGACAGAGUAUAUUCACCAUCUAGAAAUGAUCCAGCAACGACUGGCAGGGGUGCUACCAGAUUCUGCUUCAAAGAAAUCCUGUCACCAGAAGAUUAAACAAUGAAUAAAGUCCUGUGGCUUUAACCUGUGACAGUUCUAGUUGAGGAAAAGAUGUUUUUCCCUAAGGAAAGCUCAUAGUGUGGCCUGGAACACUGUCCAUGCCGUGAUGCCGGCCCCCGAUGCAACUAAGUGUGCCAGCCUCAUCGCAUACUGCAGAGCCUCCCAGAGCGCUUUUUGUGACCUCAGAACACCCUUGCUCCUCCCACCCCUGAGCCAUGGCUGUUUGCUAUUCUCCGCACCUGUUCCAAGCAGGGAGGUGGGGAGUGGUUUCCCGUUGUUUAUUUCUUAGAGUGUACAGAUGGAAACAUCAUUUACAAGUGGAACCUUUUUUACACACACACACACACACACACACACACACACACACACACACAAGAAGGAAUAAAGAGUAAGACUGUA